AUGGAGGCUCCCGAGCUGGGGCCGGGGCUGGUGGAGCGUCUGGAGCAGCUGGCGACGUGCCCGCUGUGCGGGGGCCCCUUCGAGGACCCCGUGCUCCUGGCGUGCGAACACAGUUUCUGCCGCGCGUGCCUGGCCCGCCGCUGGGGCUCCCCGCCGAAGGCCGGCACGGAGGAGGAGACCCCCACCGCCUGCCCUUGCUGCGGGCACCCCUGUCCCCGCCGCAGCUUGAGGUCCAACGUGCGGCUGGCGGUGGAGGUGCGGAUCAGUCGCGGGCUGCGGGAGAAACUGGCCGAGCCUGGGGCCCGCACAGGGAGACGUCGAGGGGGCCGCAUCCCCACCAUGGGUUGUCUGGACCCCCGAGGAGAGGAUAUGAGGAACACAUGGAGAAAAUUUGAUGCCCCAACACCAAAGCCAUCUCAUUCAGAAGACGAUCUCCCCGAAGACUACCCAGUGGUCAAAAACAUGCUUCAUAGGCUAACUGCUGACCUGACUCUGGACCCUGGCACUGCACACCGCCGUUUGCUCAUCUCUCCUGAUCGACGCAGCGUUCGACUUGCUCCACCAGGGACACCUGCUCCCCCAGAUGGCCCUGCCCGCUUUGAUCAGCUGCCAGCCGUGCUGGGUGCACAGGGCUUCCAGGCAGGCCGUCACUGUUGGGAAGUGGAGACUGUAUUAGAUACCACCUCUUUCAGAGACUCUUCUGGGGAGGAAGAGGAAGACGAGAUCCACUAUGCUGUGGGAGCAGCUGGGGAAUCUGUGCGACGAAAAGGCCGAGUAGGACUGUGUCCUGCUGGGGCUGUGUGGGCAGUGGAGGGCCGUGGUGGCCGCCUGUGGGCACUCACUGCACCAGAGCCUACCCUGUUGGGCAGAGCUGGGCCCCCACCACAGCGCAUCCGUGUGGACUUGGAUUGGGAGCGGGGCCGUGUGGCAUUCUAUGAUGGCCGCUCACUUGACCUGCUCUUCGCCUUCCAGGCCACUGGCCCCCUUGGGGAGCGUAUUUUCCCACUGCUUUGCACCCGUGACCCUCGUGCCCCACUUCGGAUUGUGCCAGCAGAAGGCUGA